UAACUAUCACCGGCCGUCGCAUUUUCGAAGUGACGAUGAAAGCACAAGCCAGUACGGUCAUCGUUCUCCGUCUAGGAGCACUAGUGCCCCUAAGGUCGUCUCCGCGAACAUCAACAUGAUACACGGACAAAUUAGUUACUCUGGCCGGUCCCGGGCAUACUCGAGCUCUGGCAGCUCGAGCAGCGACCGGGAACACACGCACCAUCGAGAUCACCACAGCACAUACGAUCGAUAUCGCGACCACAAUCCGUCCAGCUCCAGAUCCCGACAUCACGACCACGGUCGCGCCCGUAGCGGUGACCACGAUCGUGUUACCAGACUGUUAUAUGUCGACGAUACACCCGAUACCGCGGAUGUUAGUCACAUGCGGUAAGUCCGUUGUCGCAAUGUUUGUCAUUAUGCGCUAAUGCACGCCUCAGCGAUGGUGCCAUCAAAGAUGAAACCUCCACGCCUUCCGAGCAUCGCUCGCGAGAAAGCCGAAGCGAAUCCUACCCGCACUCGUCACUUCCGAGAUGAUCACCUAUAUACAAGGAGACGCGAACACUAUCGUUGACCCGCCAUGCUCCUAGACGAUGGAGGGGUUGCUGAUAUGUUUGACACAAAUGUUUCCCCAAACAUCCAAUGUUUAUGUCCCACGUCCCGAUCCACUAGGUUUACCCCCCGAAAAAAGGAUACAAUCA